AAACCAACAGAGAACAUGACUGUUAUUGGAUGCGGUCUGCUCAGCUUGUUGGUUUUUGUGCUCUGGAUUAAAGGUGGUACUGAUGGAAGUGAUGUCCAACAGACUCCCAUACUGUGGGGAAGGUUUGCUCAGAACACAGUGAUGAUCACAGCUGCUCUGAUCAAACUCUCUGCAGCUCUGCUCUGUAUCGGAGGUCUAACUGGUGGGAGCGAUGUCUCACAGACUCCCCUGUUGUGGAGUACCGAGGGUCAGUCUGUCACAAUGAACUGCAGCCACACUAAGGGGGGUACAUAUCGACAGAUGUAUUGGUAUCAGCAGUUGCCAGGGAAGGGAAUGAAGCAAAUUGUUUUUACAACUGCAUACAGUACUCACACAUAUGAAAGUGGCUUCAGUGAGGAAAGGUUUCCAGCAACAAAGACCAAUGAACAAACUGGAUCUCUGACAGUAAAGCAGCUGGUGCCUGAAGACAGUGGAGUGUAUUUCUGUUCUGUGUUAGGGAGCUCUGGCACUUAUCCUCCUUAUUUUGGAGAGGGAACCAAGCUAACAGUUCUGGGGUCAGGGCGUGAUGUCACUGAACCAAAAGUAAAAAUACUGAGACCUUCAGCCCGUGAGUGCAGAAACAGCAAGGACAAAAAAAGGAAGAAGACCCUCGUCUGUGUGGCCUCUGGUUUCUACCCUGACCAUGUCAAAGUGUAUUGGUAUUUGAAUGAGAAAACAGUCACUGAUGGUGUGGCAACAGAUGAAGCUGCGCGUGAAGAAAAAGAUGACAACAACAAGACCGUGUACAAAAUCACCAGCAGGCUGAGAGUCUAUGCCAAACAAUGGGAAAAUCCUGACAAUAUCUUUAAAUGCACUGUCAAAUUGUUCAAUGGCACUGACAAUGGCAAUCAAUAUAUAUAUCGUUCAGAUACUAUUAAAGGAGAUCAGGCUGAUACAACGUCUAUGUCAAGAGAGAAGUAUUUGACAACUACACAAAAUUUCAAGGUCGUCUACAGCGUGCUUACUGUCAAGAGCUGUGCCUAUGGAGCUUUUGUUGGAUUUUUGGUGUGGAAGCUUCAGCGUUUUGGUGGAAAGCAGAAGUACUGAGAGCUGAGCUGAAGCCUCAAAAAAUAACUCUGGGACAUGAGUUACCUUGCUCUCUGUAAAUAUCGUUCACAAACAUAGUCUAUUGUUAAAGUGCACAAUGUUAAUCGCCUGUUCAAGUUCUGCUGUGGAUUUUUAUUUGCUUAUUUGUCUUUAUAUAAUUAAUAACUGCCUUUCAAAUAGACUGAUGUCAAUUUCUUUAGAUACAAAGUGAUUUUCUGUGUGUAACUUGAUUUUCUUCUCAAUAAAAAUAUGUUUGAGUAUUUUAAA